AUGAUGUGGCUGCUUUUAGCAACAACCUGUUUGAUUUGUGGAACUUUAAAUGGUGAUGGAGUCUUUCAAUUGCAAAAUGAAGUGAAUCCUGAAGUGUGGAUGAAUAUUAGUGAGAUCAUCACCUAUAAUGGCUAUCCCAGUGAGGAGUAUGAUGUCAUCACUGAAGAUGGUUACAUACUCAGUGUCAACAGAAUUCCCCAUGGGCGAAAAGAUGCUGGGAGCACAGGUCCAAGACCAGUUGUGUACUUGCAGCAUGCCUUGUUUGCAGACAAUGCAGUUUGGCUUGAGAAUUUUGCCAAUGGCAGCCUUGGGUUCCUUUUAGCAGAUGCAGGUUAUGACGUAUGGAUGGGAAACAGUCGAGGGAACACUUGGUCAAGAAGACACAAAACACUCUCAGUGUCAGAAGAGGAAUUCUGGGCCUUUAGUUUUGCUGAAAUGGCAAAAUAUGAUCUAUCAGGAAUAAUAGACUUCAUUGUAAAUAAAACUGGUGAGGAGAAGUUGUAUUUCGUUGGACAUUCACUUGGCACUACAAUAGGAUUUGUAGCCUUUUCCACCAUGCCAGAACUGGAACAAAGAAUCAAAAUGAAUUUUGCCUUGGGUCCUAUGGCCUCAUUCAAAUACCCCACAGGUGUUUUUACCAGUUUUUUUCUACUUCCAGAUUCCUUAUUCAAGGCUAUGUUUGGCACUAAAGGUUUACUUUUAGAAGAUGAGAAAGGAAAGCUGACUUCUGUAAAAAUAUGCAACAAUAAAGUACUCUGGGUGAUAUGUAGUUUAUUCUUGUCCUCAUGGGCUGGAUCCAACAUGAAAAAUAUGAAUGUGAGUAGAAUGGACGUGUAUGUAUCACAUGCUCCCACUGGAUCAUCAGUGCAGAAUCUUCUACACAUAAAACAGAUGUAUGGAGCUGAUGAAUUCAGAGCUUAUGACUGGGGAAGUGAAGCUGAGAAUAUGCAUCACUACAAUCAGAGUCAACCCCCACUGUAUGACUUAACUGCAAUGAAAGUACCUACUGCUAUUUGGGCUGGUGGACAUGAUGUACUUGUAACACCAAAGGAUGUGGCCAGGAUGCUCCCUCAAAUCAGAAAUCUCAGUUACUUCAACCUAUUGCCAGAUUGGAACCACUUUGAUUUCAUUUGGGGUCUUGACGCUGGUCAGCGGGUAUACAGCAAAAUCAUAGCAUUAAUGAAAGAAUAUUCCUAA